UGCCGGGCACCCCGCCCCUCCCCGGCGGGGCCGUCAUUAGGCUGCCGGUUGAUUACAGGGUAUUGAUUUGUAUGUGCUUCUCCCGGCGCCGGCCGCUCCCGCUGGUGCUGCUGGAGUUCGGGCAGCGCUUCUCGUAGCGGCGGCGGCAGCUCCUACCAAACAUGUCGGCUCCCGCCGGGCCCCGGAGCGGCCCCGCCGCCCCUCAGCCUCCUCCGGCCCCGCAGCCCGAGAUGCCGGACCUCAGCCACCUCACGGAGGAAGAGCGGAAGAUCAUCUUGGCCGUCAUGGACCGCCAGAAGAAGGAAGAGGAGAAGGAGCAAUCCGUGCUCAAGGUCAAAGAAGAGCAAAAACCACAGCCGACACAGUGGUUUCCCUUUAGUGGGAUCACUGAGCUGGUAAAUAACGUUCUUCAACCACAGCAAAAACAGCAAAAUGAAAAGGAGCCCCAGACAAAAUUACAUCAGCAGUUUGAGAUGUAUAAGGAGCAAGUGAAGAAGAUGGGUGAAGAAUCACAGCAGCACCAGGAGCAGAAGGGUGAUGCCCCAACCUGUGGCAUCUGCCACAAAACCAAAUUUGCUGAUGGCUGUGGCCAUAACUGUUCCUAUUGCCAAACGAAAUUCUGCGCGCGCUGCGGAGGAAGAGUGUCUCUGCGGUCCAACAAGGAGGACAAAGUGGUAAUGUGGGUAUGUAACUUGUGCCGAAAACAACAGGAAAUCCUCACGAAGUCAGGAGCCUGGUUCUAUAACAGCGGGUCACACGCUCCACAGCAGCCAGACCAAGAAGGAAGUAGAGCUCUGAGGAACGAGGAAGCGCCUCAAGAGAAAAAAGCAAAACUGCAGGAGCAUCCGCAGUACCAGGGACCAUCAGGUGACAUAUCCACACAAGCUUUGGACAAAAACAGAUCUCAAGGGCUCACAAGACAAGACUCAAUUAAGAAUGGUUCAACAGUAAAGCAUCCAGUAACGAGUGACACGUCAGACCGGAAAAGAAGCCCUUCAAUAUCAAGAGAACAGAGCAGAAGAUACGACCAAAGGGACGAGAGAGACGAAUAUUCACAGUAUGCUACAUCAGACAGUGCGAUGCCCAGGUCACCAUCAGAUUAUUCAGAUAGGCGGUCACAGCGUGGGCCCCAGUUAUACGAAGAACCUGAACUGGGUGAUUAUAGAGAUUCCAACAGAAGGAGCCGCAGGCGUUCCAAGGAGUAUCCGGUAGAAGAAGAAGAUGCACAAAGCAGGGAAGAAUAUGAGAGGCAAAGGAGGGAAGAGGAAUACCAGGCACGAUACCGGAGUGAUCCUAAUUUGGCUCGUUAUCCAGUCAAGCCGCAGCCAUAUGAGGAGCAAAUGCGUAUCCACGCUGAAGUGUCCCGAGCGCGGCAUGAACGCAGGCAUAGCGACGUCUCACUGGCAAAUACAGAGCUGGAAGAUUCCCGGAUGUCCAUGCUCAGGAUGGAACGGCCAUCAAGACAAAGAUCCGUGUCUGAGCGCAGGGCCGCCAUGGAAAACCAACGUUCAUACUCUAUGGAAAGAACUCGAGAGGCUCAGGGACCAAGUCCCAAUCGUCAGAGGACCACAAAUCAUAGCCCUCCUACACCUAGGAGGAGUCCAAUUCCUCUGGAAAGACCAGACAUGAGGCGCUCUGAUUCUUUAAGGAAACAGCAUCAUUUGGAUCCCAGUUCCGCUGUCCGGAAAACAAAACGUGAAAAGAUGGAGACCAUGUUACGGAAUGAUUCACUCAGCUCUGACCAGUCUGAAUCUGUCAGACCUCCACCACCAAAGCCCCAUAAAACGAAAAAAGGAGGUAAAAUGCGCCAGGUUUCAUUAAGUAGCUCAGAAGAAGAAUUGGCAUCCACGCCAGAAUAUACAAGUUGUGAUGAUGUAGAGAUUGAAAGUGAAAGUGUUAGUGAAAAAGGGGACAGUCAAAGGGGAAAAAGAAAAACUAGUGAGCAGGCAGUUUUGUCGGAUUCUAACACCUUAUCCGAGAGGCAAAAGAAAAUGGUCUGCUUUGGUGGCCACUCUUUGGAAGAGGACUUGGAAUGGUCUGAGCCUCAGAUAAAAGACUCUGGGGUAGAUACGUGUAGUAGCACAACUCUAAACGAGGAACAUAGCCAUAGUGAGAAGCAUCCAGUAACUUGGCAACCAUCCAAAGAUGGAGAUCGUCUCAUUGGUCGGAUUUUGUUAAAUAAGCGACUAAAAGAUGGAAGUGUGCCUAGAGAUUCAGGAGCAAUGCUUGGAUUGAAGGUAGUAGGAGGAAAGAUGACUGAAUCAGGUCGACUCUGCGCAUUUAUCACCAAAGUUAAAAAAGGAAGCCUAGCUGAUACAGUGGGGCAUCUUAGACCAGGUGAUGAAGUAUUAGAAUGGAAUGGAAGGAUACUACAGGGAGCCACCUUUGAGGAGGUGUAUAAUAUAAUUUUAGAAUCCAAACCUGAGCCACAAGUAGAGCUUGUAGUUUCAAGACCAAUAGGGGACAUUCCCAGAAUACCUGACAGCACACAUGCACAGCUGGAGUCCAGUUCUAGUUCAUUUGAAUCUCAAAAAAUGGACCGACCUUCUAUUUCAGUGACUUCUCCUAUGAGUCCUGGCAUGUUAAGGGAUGUUCCACAGUUCUUGUCUGGACAACUUUCAAGCCAAAGCCUUAGUAGAAGAACAACGCCUUUUGUUCCUAGGGUUCAGAUAAAACUGUGGUAUGACAAGGUUGGUCAUCAGUUAAUAGUGACCAUACUGGGAGCGAAGGAUCUUCCUUCAAGGGAAGAUGGGAGGCCAAGGAAUCCUUAUGUUAAAAUUUACUUUCUUCCAGACAGAAGUGAUAAAAAUAAAAGAAGAACAAAAACAGUAAAGAAAACAUUGGAACCUAAGUGGAAUCAGACAUUUAUUUAUUCUCCAGUUCAUCGGAGAGAGUUUAGAGAACGAAUGUUAGAAAUCACUCUUUGGGACCAAGCACGAGUUCGAGAGGAAGAAAGUGAAUUUUUAGGAGAGAUUCUUAUUGAGUUAGAGACAGCAUUACUAGAUGAUGAACCCCACUGGUACAAACUUCAAACACAUGAUGUCUCUUCAUUGCCACUUCCCCAUCCCUCACCAUAUUUGCCACGCAGACAGCUCCAUGGAGAGAGUCCCACACGGAGGUUACAAAAUAAAGGCUUAUAUUCAUAUAAUUCAGGAUCCAAAAGAAUCAGUGACAGCGAAGUCUCUGAUUAUGACUGUGAUGAUGGAAUUGGUGUUGUUUCAGAUUACCGACAUAACGGGAGAGAUCUUCAAAGUUCAACACUGUCAGUGCCAGAGCAAGUAAUGUCAUCUAACCAUUGUUCUCGAUCAGGGUCCCCUCACCGUGGAGAUAGUAUAGGACGGACUAGAUCGUGGUCUCCCAGUGUCCCUCCCCCACAAAGUCGGAAUGUGGAUCAGGGACUGCGAGGGACUCGAUCCACUGCUGCGCAUUACAACACCCUGAGCCGCAUGGACAGACACCGAGCUGUAGACGACCACUACUCCCCAGACAGAGAGAGUCAUUAUGUUACUUUACCUCGUUCCCGGUACACCCAGUCCUCAGAUCACCAUUACAGGGAUGUCAGCCAGGAUCACACAAUGUAUCCUCUGUUUUGUGAAGAUGCAAUCAGAUUGCUCCGCUCCCGUACCAUGUGCCGUACCUAUUCUGAGGGUGCUUACUAUGAUCUUGAGAGGAGGACUAGGCAGGAGAGAAGAGUGCCUAAUUCAUAUUAUGAUGACACAGCCUAUACUCCUGAAAGGUGGUACAAUGGUGCAAGUUCAUGGGCAGAUGAUAUAGUCAAUGGUUCAGCUGAAAAAUAUGGAAGCGAGACAGUGGAUGUUUUUGCUGAUGAAGCUUCCUAUUCAGAAACAGAACUGAUAGAAGAAGAAGUGAGGAAUUGUGAAGCAGCAGAUAGACAGCCAUAUCAAAGAUCCAGAUCAACAGAGCAACGUCCUGUGCUAGAGCGGACCAACUCCCGCUCCCGAUCCACAGAGCGUCCUGACUCAAACCUCAUCAGGUCGAUGCCUUCAUUAAUGACUGGAAGAUCUGCCCCUCCUUCACCUGCCUUACCGAGGUCACAUCCUCGAACUGGGUCUGUCCAGACAAGUCCAUCAAGUACUCCAGUAGUGGGGCGAAGGGGCAGGCAGCUACCACAGCUCCCACCAAAGGGGACGUUGGAGAGAAACAAUGGAGACAAGGAGAUAGAGUCUUAUGAAGAAGUUACAUGGGAAGACCAGCAGAAAAAGGUGAAUGGUACAAUAACUGAUGACAAACCAUUGCCGAAAAAGAAACACCAUUCUGAGACAGAAGAAGCGGAAUCAUCAAGGAGAACAAACUCAGAAGAAAAGAAAACAGAUCCAGAGAAUGGGGAUACAGGUGCACUGGAUGUAGAAGAAAGGAAUCGCCAAAUGAAAAUGAGCAAGUACAAACAGGUAGCAGGAUCAGAUUCCAGGCUGGAACAAGAUUAUCAUUCUAAGUAUCGGUCAGGGCGGGAUCCUCACCGAGGCUCAGACAAUGUUUCCAACAAGUCUUCGGACAGUGAUGUCAGCGACGUCUCGGCCGUGUCCCGGACCAGCAGCGCUUCCCGCUUCAGCAGCACGAGCUACAUGUCUGUGCAGUCAGAGCGCCCAAGGGGAAACAAGAAAAUCAGUGUCUUUACAUCCAAAAUGCAAAGCAGACAGAUGGCCAUCUCAGGAAAGAACAUGACUAAGAGCACCAGCAUCAGCGGGGAGAUGUACACGCUGGAGAAGAACGACGGCAGCCAGUCGGACACGGCAGUGGGCACUGUUGGUGGUGGCAGCAAAAAGAGACGCUCCAGCAUUGGUGCAAAGAUGGUCGCCAUCGUGGGGCUGUCGAGAAAGAGCCGUAGCACGUCACAACUCAGCCAAACUGAAGCAGGGGGCAAGAAGCUGCGGAGCACCGUCCAGAGGAGCACGGAGACAGGGCUGGCUGUGGAGAUGAGGAACUGGAUGACGCGCCAGGCGAGCCGGGAGUCGACGGAUGGGAGCAUGAACAGCUACAGCUCUGAGGGAAAUUUGAUCUUCCCUGGUGUGAGGUUGGCUGCAGACAGCCAGUUCAGUGAUUUUCUGGAUGGACUUGGUCCUGCCCAGCUUGUAGGACGACAGACAUUGGCAACCCCAUCAAUGGGAGAUAUUCAGGUGGGAAUGAUGGAUAAGAAAGGACAACUGGAAGUAGAAAUAAUCCGAGCCCGUGGCCUUGUUGUAAAACCAGGUUCAAAGACACUGCCAGCACCAUAUGUAAAGGUGUAUCUAUUAGAAAAUGGAGUCUGCAUAGCCAAAAAGAAAACAAAGGUAGCAAGAAAAACGCUGGAACCACUUUAUCAGCAACUUCUAUCAUUUGAAGAAAGUCCCCAAGGGAAAGUUUUACAGAUAAUUGUUUGGGGAGACUAUGGACGUAUGGAUCACAAAUCCUUUAUGGGAGUGGCACAGAUACUUUUAGAUGAACUGGACCUGUCCAACAUGGUGAUUGGGUGGUUCAAACUUUUCCCUCCUUCUUCCCUAGUAGACCCAACCUUAGCUCCUCUCACUAGAAGAGCUUCCCAAUCAUCUCUUGAAAGUUCAACAGGACCUUCGUAUGCUCGCUCAUAGCAGCUGUGAAACUGUUGUCAUAGCAACCAGCGUUACAAAAAAAAUAAAUUACAGGUCGCAAACCCUGGUAACACUGCAUGCUUAAUGUUGUGUCUUCUGAGCCUGUUUCUAGGGCUGCAACGCGAUCCUGUGU